GAGGCGCGCCCGAGGACAUGCCAGACAUGAGCAGGCAGCGAGAGGCACAGCUGGACGACGCGAGGUGGGAGGCCCUUUCCCCCGGCGCGGCCUGGACGCACCGCCCGAACUCCGACGGCGCCGACGGGGGCCCAGGGCAGGCCAGGCAACCUCAGCACCAGAUGGACCUCGAGGAGGUAGACGUCUUCGCCGACCUGCACGUCAUGGGCGACGGCGGCGAGGCAGCGCCCUGGUCUCUGCCCCCGCUCGAGCGCUACGAGGCCGACUCGCAGGGGCGCCAGAACGCUAAAUCAAAGUCGGUGUUCCUCGAGCCGACCUCUGGUUCAGCCUCGCCACCGCGCGGCUCGGGCACUGGCCUGGACAGCGCGGGGCGUCAUGUCGCGAAUCCCGCGGCGGUGCUCCUCGAGCUGCCCGCGGGUUCUGCGUCGCCACUGCUGGACGCAACAGGCCAGGACAGCGGCGCAACCCGAACCUGUGACGCGACGGAGCUGGGCGACCUGUGGCGCAUGGCGGAGAUGGCAGCGCGCGCGCCCCGGCACCUGGAGAUCCCUGGCUACAGAUCCCAGUGCGCCGCGUUCGAAGCCACCGCAGAGAAGGCCGCGGCGCUGGGCACCCUCUUCGCAUCAGUCAUGGGAGGCCCCAGGCAGUUCAUCAUGCGCAAGGGCAAGGAGAAACACGAGAGGCCAGAGCGCUAUUCCGACCACAAGGCAGAUAGGUGGAGCAGGGCUGAGAACACGCUGCCCCUACUCGCCAAGCUUCGACCGCACAGCGAGGCGCAGGGCCGGCAGCGCCACCUGGAGGCAGCUGGGA